AUUACUUGAGCACAGGCCGCAGCCAGUGCAAGUGUUCCCCGAGUGCGUUUUUUAAAAUCGUUAUUUAUGUGUGAAACAGGUGUAAAAUAUCCAAUAUUCGUUGUUCGCAAUUUGCAAUUGUUGUUGUUUGCCUAAUUGCUGUAUAGCAAAUAUGUUGUUCGGCGCUGUCAACACACAUAGCGAAAACUGUGCCAUUGCCUGUGCGUGUACGUGUGCGUGUGCGUCGUAUGUGUGUAUGUGAGAGUGCGCGUUUAGUUUACGUUGUUUAUUUUUUUGUGUUUUGGGGCUCUCUAUCGGCAUCUCGAGCAAAGUAAUUGAAGUUAAUUUAAAGAACGUUGGCAAAAUUUCGUCAGCAAUGAGCAAUUAUCAGUCGCAUAUACAGCAACUGCAGUUGCAACAUCAGCUACAGCAGCAGAAUCAUCAUCAACAUCUUCAUCAUCAUCAGCAGCAGCAGCAACAACAACAGCUUCUCCAUCAACAUCUACCGUCACAUUUACAGCCGAUAGCGACGGCGGCAGCGCUGCCCCAACAACAACAGCAACAGCAACGGCAUACGCCCACAGCCACCCCCCAAUGUCAAUCGACGUCGGCAGCGUCCGCUGCCGCUGCUGCUGCCUCAAUUUUGGUAGCACAACCGCCGCAGCCACUGAUAAGCAAUUCGCUGGCCAUAAGGCAGGAGAUACAGCGCUUCGAGAGCGUUCAUCCAUCGAUUUAUGCUAUUUACGAUUUAAUCGAUUUGCUGCCUAUGCCGGACGCGCAGAUUGCCCAACAGAUACGCGAUCACGUCGUUUGCAUUGAAGAUUCCUUUGUGAACAGCCAGGAAUGGACGAUAUCGCGUUCGGUGCCCGAUUUGCGGCUGGGCAUUGUCGGCUCUCUGAAUUCGGGCAAAUCGGCGCUGGUGCAUCGUUAUCUGACCGGCUCCUAUAUGCAGGAGGAGUCGCCGGAGGGCGGUCGCUUCAAGAAGGAGGUCUUCAUCGAUGGCCAAAGCUAUUUGCUGCUCAUACGUGAUGAGGGCGGCGCACCUGAAAUGCAGUUCGCCGGCUGGGUGGAUGCGGUAAUCUUUGUGUUUAGCCUGGAGAACGAGGGCAGCUUCAACACGGUCUACAAUUAUUAUACGAAAAUGGCGCACUUUCGCAACGGACAGGACAUACCCAUGAUAUUGGUCGGCACACAAGAUGCCAUCAGCGAGCGCAAUCCACGUGUUAUCGAUGACACGCGCGCUAGAAAAUUGGCGAGCGAUUUGAAGCGUUGCUCCUACUACGAGACCUGCGCCACCUACGGCCUGAAUGUGGAGCGCGUCUUUCAGGAUGCCUGCCAGAAGAUACUGUCGCAGCGCAUGCCGCUGCCGGCGGCCAUGCAGCCGCCGCGCCCCACUACGCCGCAGGGCACACGGCUAGGGCUGGCCGCGUUCCAGGCGCCCACCAACGGGCAGCGGGCGCAGCAGCAGCAACUGCCGCUGCGCAUGAGCGCUGACUUUGCGCAGGCGGAGCAGAAGCUCUGGUCGCUGCAGGCGAGCGGCUCCACCACUGAGAACAACAACAUAACCAAGUACAAUUCAGGCGCAGCGCAACAGCAACAACAACAGCAGCAACAGCAACAACAACAACAACAGCAGCAACAACAUCUGCAGCAUCAACAACUGUCGCUGCCUAGCGACUGUGCCCAGGUGCAGCUGCGUGAUCCACGGGAUUUGGCACCGCCGCCGGGCAAGGACUUGCCCACGCCCACAUCGACGCCCACGACAAGCCGGAAAAGUCGACGGCGCUCGAAUCUGUUCAUACCCUCGUCCUCCAAGAAGAACGACAAGGAGCCAAAGAGCAGCGAACUGGGCAGCGGCCGCUCGAUACCCAUCAAGCAGGGCUAUCUGUACAAACGUUCCAGCAAGUCCUUGAACAAGGAGUGGAAGAAGAAGUAUGUCACGCUCUGCGACGAUGGGCGACUGACCUACCAUCCCUCGCUGCACGACUACAUGGACGACGUGCACGGCAAGGAGAUACCGCUGCAGUAUGUGACGGUCAAGGUGCCCGGCCAGAAGCCGCGCGGCUCCAAGUCCAUCAUCACGAACAGCGCGCUGACCAGCUCCCUGCUGGCAAACGGGCAGCGGGCGCAGGGCACGCUCAGCGAGGGCAUCGGCUGCCUGACGCUGGCCAAGGACAAUCAGCGCAAGCUGAGCGAGAAGCUGUCGCUGCUGGGCGCAGGAGCAGCGGGUGGGGUGAGCGGCUCCAGCGGCGUGGAGCCUCUGAAAUCGAAUAGUUCACAGCAGACGAGCGGCGACGAGGGCAUUGCCAUGUCCAAUUCGAACUCACAGACUUUCAUAGCGGGCGAAGCGCCGGCCAGCAAACUGGAGGCCCAGACGCCAAAUGUGAAGAAGCGCCAUCGGCGCAUGAAGAGCAGCAGCGUCAAGGCGAACGAGGCGGACGACAAUGAUGGCUACGAGUUCUACAUUGUCUCGCUCGACUCCAAGCAAUGGCACUUCGAGGCAGCCAACUCGGAGGAGCGCGACGAGUGGGUGGCGGCCGUCGAGCAGGAGAUCUUCAAGAGCCUGCAGAGCAUCGAGAGCAGCAAAACGAAACCGGCGACCAGCACGGAGUUAGCGGCCAUGGUGGCGAUCCGGCAACGUGUGCCGGGCAAUGGCCACUGCGUGGACUGUGGAGCGCCAAAUCCCGAAUGGGCUAGUCUCAAUCUGGGCGUGCUUAUGUGCAUUGAAUGCUCGGGCAUCCAUCGCAAUCUCGGCUCGCACAUCUCCAAGGUGCGCUCCCUGGGCCUCGACGACUGGCCAGCGCCGCAUUUGAGCGUUAUGCUGGCCAUCGGCAACAGCUUGGCCAACUCGGUGUGGGAGGCGAAUACGCGACAGCGUGUGAAGCCCACCUCACAGGCCGGUCACGAGGAGAAGGAGCGCUGGAUACGCAGCAAAUACGAGGGGAAGGAGUUCUUGACGCCGCUCGGCAGCGGCAACCAUGUGAAUGCCGCCUCGCCGGGCCAACAGCUGAUCGAAGCGGUCAUUCGAGCGGACAUCAAGUCGAUUGUCUGGAUCCUGGCCAAUUGCCAGUCGGAGGUGACCAAUGCCAAUGUGAGCGCACGCGAUGUUCGCACGCCUCUGCUGCUGGCCUGUGCCAUUGGCAACCUGGCCAUCGCCCAGCUGCUCAUCUGGAACGGUGCGAAUAUCAAGCACACGGAUCAUGAGGGUCGCACCUGCCUGGCGUAUGCACGCGCUGCCCAAUCCCUGGCCACGGCCAAGUCGAUGAAGGCCGCCGCCGCCCUGGCCGCAGGCACACCGGCACCCGCCCCCGCACCGGCGCCAACCGCCAAUGGUGGCAUACCCGCACCACAAUACAAUGUGGAGGAUACGACGGCGCUGGUGGAGCUGCUGGUGGGCCUGGGCUGUCCCGAAUCGGCGCCACUCACGGCUAGCGGCACCUUGCCCCGACGACGUGACACCCUGGGCACGCCCUACGAGAAGUCCGUAUCGGGCGUUAUCUAAAAAAAAAAAAAGAACAACAAAAACAAAAAUACGUAAAACAAAAAAUUAAGAAUAGUUGAAUUUCAAACGCUAAACAAAAUCCAAGUUGUUUUUGUGUUAAUUGUAAAAUGCAUAAAUAUAUGUUUGAUCUGUUUAGCGAUUAGUUUUAAAAGUGUGCGUAAAUUUCUCUCUGUGUAUAGCAAAUAUAAUCGGGCAUUAGGUUUUACUAUUUUAAACUAAACUAAAAUUGAAAUGUGCAAAUGAAUUAAUUAUUUUUCCUUCGGCCAGAGUUGAAUUUAAAUUCAUGUAAAAGGUAAAAUCGUUUUAAUUUACGAUUAGUUGUAGUUUUGUUUCGAUUAUUAACUACGCUUAAUUAUAGGCACAAAAAUUCUGUACAGUCUUGUUGUAAAUCUCAAGUUUUUUAAUUGAUUAAUUAAUUUAUUAUUUUGCGUAUUACUAUAACUAUUAUAAUUAUUCAUUAUUAUAUAUUAUUAUUAUUAUCAUUAUUAUUGUUUUUAAACUGUGUGCAGGUUUUUUUUUACAAAUGUCGUUUGCAAAACAACAAUUUAAGUAAUUAAUAUAAUUUGCUUUUUAAUUAAAAGAAUAUAAUAGGAUGAGUAUGUGAAAGAGCAAGAGUAUUCUCAAUAUAAUAUGCAUAAAAAUAGCUGAUUAAUGAGAAAUAAAAAAUAAAAAAAAAUAUAUAUAUAUAUAUGUAUACAUACGUAUGAACAUAGUGAAUCUAAGACUAAAGCCAAAAACAACUUAUAACACUAUAUAUCUAUACAUAAAUAAAAUUCAAUAUAUAUAUAUACAAAGUUGACAUUGCUUGAUAAUCGGUUGACACGCUUGUAACUUGUAGUUUACGCAACCCAAAGGAAAACUUUAAAACUUUGAUAACAAAAUUCCACUUAAAAAUGUAUUGUAUUAGAAAUCGGAACGAAAAUGACAAAUUAUAUAUGAUAUAUAAUAUAUCAACUAAAUGAUG